AUGAAGCCGAAGCCGAGCGAGCUGCGUUUUAAGACUCUGUGCGACUUUUUCGACGCUUGCGCUAGUCGGAAAAAGUCAUCAAGGAAGAAGGAGCUUCUGAGGGAUUUUGCAAACAAGUUCAUAGAGCGUGGAUCGUCCGAUGUGUACGAGAUCUACCGCCUCAUGGCACCCUCGCUGGACAAGGAGCGCGACCACUACAAUUUGAGAGAGGCAAACCUGGUCAGGGUCUUGAUAAAAGCAUGCUUGUUGGACCCAAAAACAUCCUCUGCAGCAAAGAGAGCCGAGAACUGGCGCCAGGCGGGCGUGAAGAACGCCGGGCAAUUCUCAAAUGUCAUGGAAGAGUACCUCUUCCGGACGUGCUGUGGGAAGCAGAGGGGCAUGUCAGGAGAGGCAGAACUGACAGUGGGCGAGCUCAAUGACAUUUUGAACAAGCUAGCCGGCGGCGGCGGUGAGGAGCAGGUCAAAUUGUUCACGCACCUGAUCCAGAUCACCACAGCCACACAGAUGCGCUGGAUUGUGCAAAUUGUUCUAAGGGACCUCAAGAUUGGACUCUCAGAGACGAGCAUCCUGAAGGAGUAUCAUGUGGACGCUGUGGAGCGCUACAAUGUCACCUGUGACUUCCCUGGGGUCAUCCGAGAGCUCACUGACCCGCACAAGAGGUUUCCGUUCCAGGACAUCAAGGUUGGCAAGCCUGCCAAGCCCCAGCUGGCCAGAGCUGUGAAGGGGCCAGAGGAGGCCUUCAACAUCAUGAAGGGCAGACCAUUCGUGGUGGAGACCAAGUUUGAUGGCGAGAGGAUGCAGGUGCAUGUAAUGGAGGAUGAAGUGCAGUACUACAGCCGCAGGGGAAUUGAGCAUGGCACCUACUCCCACUACACCAUGCUGGACUCUUUCAUCAGAAAGCAGCUGCGAGAGACAAAUGUCAUCCUUGAUGGCGAGGUUGUUGUCUGGAACAAGACUAAGAAGAAGUUUGAGCCAUUUGGCGGCAUGAAGGGGGCUGUUCUGGCGGCAAAGGACAACAAGGGGCCCGACGAGAAGCUGGAAAUGAACGGAUGGCACGGUGACACAAUGACCAGCGACCCAGACUACGAGACGCCCUUUGUCAAGGACCUGGAGCUGGUCUUUGUGGUCUUCGACAUCCUGUACCUGCGCGACCAGAGUGUGAUCAACCGGACCCUGCUGGAGCGCCACGAGCUGCUGAAGGAGCUUGUGAUCCCUGCGCCUGCCGAGGGCCAUCCAGUCAGCUGUGCCAUGACUGGGCGAAUGGUCUGCCUGCUGCCGGGCGCACCCCUCAUCACCGGCGUGCCGGGCUCGAAGCUCUCCUACGUACUCGACGACAUCCAGGAGAAGUUCGAGGAGUCCAUCCGCGUCAAUGAGGAGGGGAUUGUGGUGAAGGCGGCAGACUCGCCGUGGCGCUGCAACGACCGCGGCAUGGCCUGGCUCAAGAUCAAGGCGGACUAUGUGCACAAGGUGGAGAUCGACGCGGUCAUCAUCGGAGCCAAGUUUGGCACCGGCAGGCGAGGAGGCGCCAUCGCUGAAUACCUGCUGGCCCUGGCUGAGGUGCCCCAAGGGGGCACCACAGAGCCCUCCACCUUUGUCUCCUUCUGCGUGGUGGGCACAGGGGUGAAUGAUGCGGACCGUGACACGCUGGCAAAGAGGCUGGAGCCGCUGUUUGUGGACAAUGUGAAGGGGAAGAACUGCGUCCCGCGCUGCUACCGCACGACUGGGAUGCCAAAAGAGAGGCCGGACGUGUGGAUCAAGGACCCCACUCGCAGUGUUGUCCUCCAGGUGCAGGCAGACGUGAGGACAAUAGUGAGCAAGCAAUUUGCGUCGCGCCACUCGCUGCGCUUUCCGCGGGUGCAGCGUGUGCGCUGGGACAAGGGCCCUUUGGACAUCCAGACCGACCAGGAGCUGUGGGACAUUGUCGAGUCCAACCAGGGCGCCAUUGUGGGCGGGGAGGGCCAUGACAUGGAGAGCCCGGCAGGGAAGGGCAAGGGCCGGGGAAAGAAGCGCGCAGUAAAGGGGGCAGCGACGCCGGCACAGCAGCGCAGCAAGGUGGUGGAGCAGUUUCUGCCGACGGACGUGUCCCACAUCCGCCGGGAGUGCGACGCGCUGCGAGACUCCCUGGUCUAUUUUGUGCCUGCUCCCGUCAAGACCGCCAAGUACCCCAAGAAAUACCUGGAAGAGGUCGUUGCGCGCCUCGGCGGCAAGGUGACCCAGAACUACGUGCCGCGCGUGACGCACGUGAUAGCGCAGGACGCGAACGAUCCCUUCUUCAAGGCGCGCAGGGACAAGGUGGACAUGAUCAGCGUGGAGUGGCUGCUGGAGUGCGCUGCCAAGCAGGCGCUCAUCUCCUUGCGGCCCCACCACUACAUGCACCUCACGCGCGACACCCGCAACAACGUCCCCAAUGUCUGCAUAUACGGCGACAUGUACUAUGAGGAUGUCAGCGCGAUUGAUGUGAAGGUCAUCCUGAACAAUCACGCCCACCUGGAGCCUGGGGCACUGGAUGACCUGGCGGCACUCAUGGCUGAUGAGGCUGGCGAGCCGCAGCCAGGAGUGGCCAGCCGAGCAGAUGGCACAGCGCAGCUCUAUAAAAGGCUGAAGAGGAAGCCGGGUGUGGAGGACAUCAUGCUGGCGGUGGACAGGGAGCUGGCAGAGUAUGGCCUGCUGGACAGCACUGCCUGCCUCUUCCGCGGCUGCCACAUCUGCCUGCUGCAGCUGCCCGACGACACCUGCCCCGCUGCUAAAGACAGCGCCCAGGAGUCGGCUGCCGCUGCAAAGCGCGAGCUGGCUGCACUGCAAGCCCAGCGCAGGAAGCUUGAGGUGAUGCUGCAUGGAGGCAAGGCGCAGGAUGCCAUCGACAUGUCCACCACCCACAUCGUCGUCAUUCCCCCUGCCAAUUGCGCGAUGCCCCGCCUGAGCCCUGCAGACCUGCUGGGCAUCCUGCACAGCGAGAAAGGCGGCACCGCUGGCCUCACCACCCUGCGCAAGCUGCUCGCUGCUGGCGAAGUGCACAUUGUCAUGCAAAGCUGGUUGGAGGAGAGCCUGGAGGCCCUGAGGCAGGCAGCAGAAGGGCAGGCUGUGCGGCGUGCAUCGGAGCUGCGGCAUACUGUGCCUCUGAGCAGUGACAGCGCGCCUGAUACUGUAGCAGACGCACCUGAGGACAUCCCCAGAAAUGUGGACUCAUAUGUGCUCACCUUUGCCGCUGCCAGUUUUGAGGACUGGGGCUGGGAAGAUUUCGGGGUGACCACUGCUGCGACGCCGGUCACCAGCGGCAAGCGGGGCCGCAGCACGAGCCCGGGAGAGGGGACCGCCGGCACGCGCGCUAAACGCGGCAGAGGCAGCAGAAGCGGCAAGACCGCCGGCAGCACAAGGGGCAGGGGCGGAAAGGCAGCCAAGCCGCCGCCGCUUGCGCCUGAUGUCGGCAAGAAGCCUAGCCGGGGUGGCGCGGGGAGAGGCCGAGGGAGAGGAAGGAAGAAGUACGUCAUUGAUGACACCAGCAGCAGCAGUGAUGGCGAGCAACCAGACAUGGAUGCCAGCGUGUCCGCACAUGGCCAUCAGAGCACGUCCAUGCUUGAGGACCUGCUGAGCCUGCCCAUCACAGGCAAUGAUGCUCUACCUGCACCAGCCAUCGGUGGACCCGUCUUCUCUGCCGGGUCCAGGAAGCACCGGUGCUGGAGCUCAGAGAGACAGGCAGGCUUCCGGAGCUCAUCAUCCGCAGGAAGGCAGUGCUCACCGGUGGACACACGAAAGUUUACAGCCUUUGGCAGAGCCACAGCCUUUGGCAGAGCAGCCCACUGCUGA